CCUGAAACGAACGCACCAUGGUUCGAGCGAGCUGUCACUUUUUUUACUCGCGCGUGUCCGAUCAUGUUCGUGUUGACGGUGUUUGCUGAAGUUUUAGGGGAAACCCGGAUUUUUCGCGUUGAGGCGGUCGUUUAAGCCAAUUGACCACAUCCGGCGAUUGGCCACCAAGUUGCCGAACGCGAUCCUAGUGUUGGUUGGACGGAUGUUCGAAGUUCGAAUUGGAGCGUCUCCGGGAUGGCGGAACUUUGGGGACUUCUUCCACACGUUUCCGGCAGAAAAAAUCUGCCGAGUCACCGAUCCGGAAAAGCAAAUUUGAAAUUGUCAAUCAUUUUGGGGACUUCUCCCACCGGGUUCGCUAACGGGACACAACCCAACGGAUGCGUUCGAUUGGGAGAGGACCCGGCGCCUGCUGCGGUCACUUUCGGCCGUGUUUGUUCCGGAUGGUGAGCUCGUCUCGCCUGGAGGCGAAAAUCGUUAGGUGAGUUCUGUGUUGGGGCUGCGCAGCUCGGAAAACUUUCAAACGUCAAGGAGAAGGUCACGAUUUUUUUUAGCGGUACGCAGCUGAAAAGUAACAGAAACGGAAUGUAGCGUUUCACGCCGUGCAAUUUGUUUUGAUGAGUGAAUCAAAUAAUUUGGAUUUGCACAUUUCAAUGCAACUGAAAAUUACAAAUAAAGUUAUAUUAUUAAUGUAAAAAUAUUGAUAAUCCAGAGCUGCUCAUCAAACCGAAUCUCAAAACGCUGAAUCUUGAAAGGACGAAAAUCAA